GAGCCAAAGCAACUGAUUUUUGUGUUUUUAUUGAAAACAUUAACCUUCCUGACCAGCAAAAGUAUUUUCUUUUACUCGAUAAUGCUCGGAUUCAUCAUGCCAAGCAAGCAUGCAUAAAUGCAGGUCUUUUUCCUAUCAAAGAAGUAUUAACUAGUAAGAAUAUCAUGCCUAUCUUUUUAGUUGCUUACACUCCGCAAUUAAAUCCUGUAGAAUUAUGUUUUAAUUUCCUAAGAAGCCAUGUAGAAAAACAUAAACCGAGAACUUUCGAAGAACUAAAAUAUAUUAUAGAACAAGGAAUAGAAAAAUUGCAAGGAGAAGACAUGACUGAAUAUUUUAGGCAUUGUUUGAAUUAUGAUUUCUCUAAAACCGAGCAAGGGUUUUGCAAUUUGUAA